AUGUGUCAAACAAGUUACGAGCGUACCCUAUCGAAACAUCACAGUUGGAUAGUGAGGAAAUGUGUUGGUGUAGCGAUUCAGCUAUUUGUUACCCGAGAUUAUUUGCUGAAUGCAAUUCGCAACGAGAAAGAAGCGGUAAAUGAGGAUAAAAUACGUGAAGCAAUUGCUCGACUUGUUGCUGUCAUGGAAAACGUUUAUACUCGCGUACAGCGGAUUUAUGAAAGCCGAAAUAUCCUGGAUUUGCCUUAG